AUGAAAGAUAUGUGGAUUCUUUGGGAUAACUCAUGGUCAGUGGGGCAAUCAUUGUUUAAAGAUAAAAUCAGGCCGUUUCUAAAAGGCCUCAUCAGAAGUGCACUGCUGAAUGUUGGUCCAAAUGGUACACAUAUUGGUAUUUUGACUUUCAGUACACAGGCGCAGACUAGGGUGUUGCUGGAACUUGGAGAGCUGCAAGCUGUGGAUGCACUAAUCAACUACCUCGAUAGUCUAAACUACAAUAACAUAUCUGGAGAUGGUACUCGGACUGGAAUGGCAUUGAAACUAGCUGAUGAGGUGAGAUCGUGUUCUUCUAUACAGAAUAUGGUGAAGCUUUAUUGGGUAAUCCUUACUCAUACAUACACCUUAGUAUAUGUACAUCAACUUGCGGUUAGAGUUCGACAUGUAAAUGACUUCUCCAGGUAGCUCAGUCGGUUAAAAGUUAGUGACAUCACGUCCUAACUCUAAUUAACCUCAAAGACUUAAAGUUUCCUGUCCAUCUAAUGGUGGUACACGGCAUUAAAAUUAAACUAAGUAUAUUUUCUGUUUAAUGUAGAGAUUUUCCAAGCAAAGUCCACGCAAUUAUCGGCCAUAUGUAGAAGAUGUAGUCAUGAUUUUUACAGGCAGUAAACCGAUCAGACACCGAGGAGAAGACACAUUUGGCGACAAAUACAACAGUACUCGUUAUGGCGAAGGAUUACUUGCUAAGGAUCGAGCUCAAAGUCUCAAAGAUAAUAAUAUCAUCGUGGUUGGACUGGUAGUGGGAAGGGAGAAUAAGUUGAACAAAUUCAGAGACAAUGUUAAGGAGUGGUCGACGGAAGGGAAAUACUUUGAAACAAACAAAGAUAGUCUGCAGCGGAGUAUCAUGUACAGACUCAUAAAAUCAUUUAUGAGUGUUUAUUGCAUCGCACCAGGUAAGAAGGGUGGACAGGGGCGUAGGAAGCUUCGAAAAGUUGGGGGGGGCAGGCUUUGAGGGGCACUUUUCGAAAAAAAGAGGGCAUCUAAAAAAAUUUUCCCGGAAAUGUUGGCGACGGGGGGCGGGGGGAGGUCAUCUUAAAAAAAUUUUUCGGACAUACCAAAAAAUUUUCCGGAUAUAUGAUAUUUUUCCCGGAAAUUAAAAACUUUUUCUGGAAAUAACAUCAACCACCAGCCUGACUGAAUUUAGGCAACUGAGCAUCCACAAAACAAAAACAACUUCAGGCUAAAAUGAAUCUGGUUAAUCUUAAAAAAUCCUAAAUUUUGUGCUUUAUCAGGCUAGUAUAGGCAGGUAUUAGUGAGGUAUACAUACUUAUUUUAAUGUUACAAAUGCAGAAACAUGCACAAUCUGUUGUUUUAUAUAGUUCUCAACAAGGAUACAUUUUAUCAAAUACUAGGCUGUAUUUUUUACUCAAGAUUUUGUUGGCAUCUCACUGGAUUAAAUAAUAGUUGAAGUGUCCCGAAGAUGGAAAUUAUCUAGUGGAAAUUUAUAUACAUUUAUUGGACCUAUAUAACCAGAAACAGUUGUGAAAAAUGCAACUAUACUGUAGUUGGCAUUUCACUUAAUUGAAUAAUAGUUGAAAGGUCUUGAAGAUGGAUAUUAUUGAAUGGAAAUUUAUAUACAUUUAUUAGACAACUGGCCUCUGUAGCUCAGUUGGCCGAGAGCGCUGCAACGAAAUCGCAGGGCCAGGUUCAAUUCCCGCCAGGGAGGUUAGGCCUAAUAAAUGAUAAAUUUCCACUCGAUAAUUUCCAUCUACAAGACCCUUCAACUGUUACUUUUUUUUAGGAUUUUGGACAUCUCACUGGAUAGAACUAUUUCCGGAAUAAUAAUAAUAAUAAUAAACUUUAAUUAAAGUGUCUAUACAUUAUUUAGCAAUAGUAGCUAAUUGGGGACACUAUUUAUCUAUAUAUAAUAUCAACAAAUCUACUAUAUAAAUAUAUAUGUAAAAAUAAUAAGUGCUAAGUGCUGCAUAAUAUUCCGCAUUAAGUGCUGCAUAAAAUGCAGCAAUUACAGUUAUUGUCCAGCAUAUUUUCAAUGUCUAAUUUGCGAAUCCUGUUCUUAAAUAUCGCAAGGCUGGAUGAGCUUUUAAUAUCGCUAUGCAACUUUGACCAUAGUACUGGGCCAAAGUAACGUAGCGAAUGCUUACCAAAACCAACUGUUUGAAAUCUGGGUAUAUCAAAAUCACUGUUUCGCAAUGGGUUUCUGUGCUGUUUAUUGCACUCUUGCUCCAAUGGUCUCGUUUUCAUGUGGUUAUUUUCUCGUGUGUCAUGCGCAACAGGGUUAAGGAUAUAGGGUUGAGAUCUGGCUCAUGAUCAAAGAGAAACCAUAUUCGUAUACGAACCUUCAUGUGCGCCUGCCUUGCUAAAACAGGCAAACAUGGAAACGAGGCCAUUGAGGCAUGCUUAAUUCGCAUGAAUUAAUGACCUAAUUUGCAUAAUGUCAUAAUAAUAUAUUUAAUAACAAUAUGCAAACUAGGUACAGAUAUAUGUACCCCAAAAACCAAGGUAUCCCAAAAACCACAUGCUUGAUUUAUAGUCAUUAUGUAGAAGUUAACAGGGAGGUUGACUAAUGAUGUACCAUUUUGCGAGAGAAACGCUAGGAAGAAUUUUUGUGACGCUUUAUUCACCAAAAUGUGUUACCUGAAAAUUAAAAAAAAAACAUUGAUAGCUUGUAUAAUUUGAAACUUUAAGAUUAAGUUGGCAAAAUAUGAUUGUUAUAAUCGUUUUGGGGUUUGUUUAGUCGAAAAACCUUGA